UAAAAACAAUACAGUUUCCCACUCAUGCACAGCUACUCCUCAAUGUCUCUACUGCACGCAUGCCUGAGGUGGAUUUUAACCUUGAGCUUGGGCAGUGUCAUCUCAGAGGUAAUUUUGGGAAUAUCAUGGCUUCACGGAUAGAAGUUGGGCGGUCUUCUUACAGUGUCAAUGUGACCAGCUACUGUCCUUUGGUACAGAAAACAACCGUCCCUGUGUCCCUGGCUUUUCGGAGCCUCCUGUCAGUUACUUCUUGCCAGGUGAAUUUAUCCUCCUCUCUGAGGGCAGACAACCAGGACCUUUCUCUGGAGCUGAGUCAGUCUUGCAGGACUCCACAUCUCUCUGGCACCCUGACUCACUCCUUCCUUGGGUUGAGGAGUCAGGGUCUGCCGCAGAUCAUCACCAUAGAGGCUGUCGCACCUGAAGACACAGAGCAGGCGGUGGGUCUACUUAUCAAAGCUGGCACAUGCAACGUUAGAGUCAGUAGAGUCGCACAGGCCAGAGGAAAGUCACGGUGGCUUUGGGCUUUGGAGUCAGCAUGUCCACUGUUACAGGCUCAUUUAAAUGGCUCAGUGUGGCAGGAUCAUCAAGGUAUCUGGUCAACAAUGUCCGAAAUUGACCUAAAGGGUGGGAGAGUUUUCCUAAGGCUUGAUGCAAAACCCUGGCCAGAGCUGAAGUUUGAGGGUGAACUCAGCCAUGACAUCCCUGCUCUUAGAAGUCUUCCAAAAAGCAGCAGACUGAGAAUAACCAGCAAGUCCCAAAAACUGCGACAUGAUGCAGAACUACUACUAGUGAUGGAAAAGUGUGCAGUCAGAACCAGUGGAACUGUGAUGUCUCAUCCUGACCUGCAGGGGUCGCUGCUGUAUCACAACAAUUGCACCAUAGUCCAGGAGUGGGGUAGUCCAGAUAGGGUGCAAGCUUCUGGGUCUCUUGUUGUCUCACCAGCUUUUGUUGAUUCUCAUGUCUCCAUGGUGAUAGAUGACACAGAGUUACAGGCUCUGCUCGCUCUCAAAAAAACUAAGGAUCAGAAUGAAGCAUCACUAAAUCUAAACCACUCUGUGCCCAUGUUAAAGAAACUUGGUUUCCCUGUGAGUGCUGCACUGACCAUAAACUCGGGCAGUCACAACAAAGGUUCAUACUUUUUCAUAGUCAACAGCAGUGUGGAAAAUCAGAAGUUAAGUAAAGAGAUGAUAGUGGCAAAGACAACUGAAGCAGUGAGAGUGAAAAGUGAUUUUAGACACACAGUGAAUUAUCUGAAGCAACUGGGAGUCCCUGCAAACAACAACAUUCAGGUGGAGCUUGGUGUUGCUGAGGGGAAGGAGUGGACUCUGCAGGCCCAUUGUGGAGAUGACAGGGCUGGACUGAGACUUCACAUGAAAAGGUCUCCCCUGAACAAUGAAAUAAGAGGAAGCAUAUGGCACAGCUGGUCAUGGUUACAUGACCAAGGACUGCCACUUAAUAUAGAGGGCCUAUGCUUUAUCCAGGGAACUCUACCUCGGCUUCAGUCUAGGGCUCAGCUCAGCGUGGGCGGUCACAAGUUGCUCACAUCUGGCUUGAAUGUCAGCGGCACUGAUGGACAUCUGGCAGCACUUUUCUCUUAUUCUCCUCUCAAUCAAACAAGGACACAACACAACCUGGAUACUAUACUUAUUGCUCAAUUUAAAGGCCCACUGCGAAGUGUCUCUAUUGAUGUUGCCAGUCAGGACUGGAGGAUUCGUGUGGUGGGAGAUGUCGGGGGUUGGGGGACACGUGGAGGGACCAAGGAGGCCCGGGUGACACUGAAACAUACUAUACAAGGAAAACCAAGCCCUGCCUUGCAGGUUGAGGCCUGGGGAAGACUCACUGAGUCACAGCUUAGAUGUUCCAUGGCUAUAAAUCCUGAACUGAGUUCCUCACUCGCUCUCAUCAUCCAGGGACACCAUGUGCCUCAUAGCAAGGACCUCGUAGUGAAGGUGGUCCACAACAUUCCCAGGAUGUUGAUCUAUCUCCCCUCUCAGCUCAAUGUCCGCUCUCAGCUGAACCAGUCUGAGUCCAGUGUGGCAGGUUUGGUGGAGAUCUCGUCAGGCAGGCGGAGGCUGUGGGCUCUGGGGGAGCUAGUGGCCACUGAGAGUGGGUACAGACAGGCCGUAGAGAUGAAACACACAUACCCACAGCUGAGGCGUCUGCCCAGGACCGUCGCGGUGAGGACGAUGUAUGAGGCCAGGAUUUGGAACUACCAAGUUCAGCAGGCAGCUCUGUGGGGCAAUCAUGAGUUUAGCUUGUCUGGUCUGUACUCUGCUCCUCCAGCUCUGGAGAUGGGGAACCAGACUCUGAAGAUUCAGAUCAACUGCAUUCCCCGUCUGACCAGUUUGGACUUGAUGCUGGAGCGAUCCUUGCAUGGCAGGCAAGACAGGGUUUUACUGGGCUGGACAAGGCACGGGCAACUGGAACAGGUCAGAGCUCUCAGUGCAUGGAGUCGCUCAGAAGAAAGAAAUGAAACCAAAAUGGAGCUGAAACAGCCGUUCUCCUCCACGAUGAGGCAGCUCUCUUUGCACACACUAUCACACAGUUCACAGAGCGAACAACGCAGCAACCACCAGACCCAUCUGUCAUGGGACAGUGCAGCCCCUGUCAAUGUCUCUGUCAGCCUGGACAAACAGUGGCAGUCCAACUCCAGCCGGGGGCAGGCAUGCGUUCUGCUGUCAGCGCAGCAGAUGGUUAAAGGUUGUGUGUCAGUGGGUCGGGAGGGAAACUCUUAUUCCCAGAACGCAGAGUUGAGGUGGGACAACAGGAGUAUAAAGCAAAGCUUGAAAUACCAGAAAAGUUUGCGGGGAAUGCACAGCCUUCAGGUUCACAUUGGUCUGGACAGAGUGUCUCCUGUACCCUGUCCUUCACACACACUCCUGGCCAAAGUUCAGACCAACCUCAGGGACCGUUUGGAGCACAUGGUGCUGCUGGGUGUGUGUCCACAACAGCCUACUCUGUCGUGGUCCGGAUCUCACAGGUUGAACUCAGCAGAGCAGCUGUUCUACACUCAGUCUCGCCUGUCGGUGACUGGUCCACCUUACCAGUGCAGCUUCACCCUCGCCCUCACUAACUCCUCCACUGCUCAGACCAACAUGUCUUUGUUCUCUGAGUACAGGAUGGGUAACUGGAGUGUGGAGUUGGGGGGCAGCGCUGUGUCUUGGACCCAUGGCUCAGGUCUCCAGCUGCAGACCACACUGGACCACAGAGAGAAGAUCUGGCUGAACGGGACAUUGAAGGGACGAUGUCUCCAGACCACAGCAGGUUAUAUGAAGGAUCCGACCCUCAGUGAGGAUCUCAGUGUAGCAGUGUGCAUGGAAGCUGAUCACAGUUUUAAGAUGAAUGUGCGGAGAAGAGAUAACAGCAACAAAUCUGAAACUCUGGGAAGCUUGUCCGUAGGAGCAGCGAAUCAGAGGCUAACGCUGAGAGCGAGAGGUUGUUUGCAGAGUUUGACUUCAGCAGAGGACUGGCUUCACUAUUUGAGCUUUCAGAUGCUAAAUAAACUUGCAGAGAGAAUAAAAACAUUAAAGCGUCUCCUCAUAGAAUUCAGGAAACAGGGUAGAGACAGCCAGCUGCUGCAGGAGUUGAGUGAUGUGCCUCUUCAUGUUUCACGGCGUGUUGAGGCUCUGCUGGAGCAUGGGGACAGAGACGUGUUGGCUCUGUGGCACCGAAGCCACAUACGUCACAUGGUGAUCCACAGUCUACCUCGCUUCCUCAGUCAGCUGCAGAACGCCUCGCUGCUGGGACAACAGGAGCUGAGGAGGCCCCUGGCCACUUUGGCCGGUGUGUACCAGGAUGUGAAGGGCCAGAGUUUGGAUGUAAUAUGGAGGGAGUAUGUCUGGAUGUGGACUGAAAGGCUGGUUGAUGUUCUGCCUGUUCUGCUGGAGAAUUCCCACCUGAGGCUGCUGUCACAGACCGGAGUGACUGCACUCCGAGCUGUUCUGGAUGCGGCUGGCCAACAUACCUACCACUGGACUGAAACCAGGUUGGCCACAGCUCUCUCUGGAGUCAGGAAACAACUUGCUUCUUUGUACACUUUCUCCCCCAGGGAAUGUACAGUGACUGUGUCAGUGCCGCUACCACCUUUCACCUCAAAAAAGAUGGCCGAGGCAGGGCUGGUGGAGAUCCUUCUGGAGGAGUGGUUCCUGAGGCCUCUGCAGGCCCUCGCCUCUAUCAGACCUACUGCUGAAUUUUACCACCUCAAGAGGAAAAUGAUGGACAGCCCCUUCAUACACCAAGCUCUGUUGGUGGCAGAUCAGUUUGUGGUGACAUUUGAUGGUCACUUAUACGAGUUGCCGGGUUCCUGUCCAAUGCUCCUCACUCAGGAUGUCAGCAGCGACGCCUCCUUUGUGCUGCUGCUCAGGCCAGACCCGCAGAGCCUUCUCCUGAUUCACAUGAGCAACAGCAGCAUCGAUGUUCAGCGCAGUGGACAGUUUCCUUUGUCACAGGUGACGGCCGACUGCACCAACGCUGUCACACACACAUUUCAUAGUGAUACUGGACUGACUGUGAAGAGAGAGCCAAACAUCUUACAGGUGUCCAAUCAGAAUGGAGGCUCAGUGUCAUGUGAUUUGUCCCUUGAGGUGUGCAGCUUCACUUUGGAUAGAUAUUUACACGGUGUUUCCACCGGUCUGCUGGGGACCAACGACAAUGAUGCAGGCAAUGACUUUCCUUUGCAUGACGGGUCUCAAGCAAAAACAUUGGAGGAUUUUUUCACAAGCUGGCAGCUGAGACCAAAGUGUAGUUCACCUUCUGAGAGAGAAGAAGACUUUUCCAAAGCAGCCAUGAGCCCAGUGAGCUGCAACUUUCUGUUUACUUCUCCCGAUUCACCCCUAAGUUCCUGUUUCAGGGUGGUGGAUCCUGGUCAGUUUUUGUCAGUAUGUGAGCUGAGCUCCUCCAGAGCCCCCUGCAGAUUAGCAUCUGCUUUUGUUCAUCUCUGCCAGCAGAACUACAUACCAGUAGAGGUCCCGGUCCAGUGCAAGAAAGUAUGAUGGAGGGACGAGCCAAA